UAUAUACCGGACAAUGGCAAUACAACGCACGCACAUACACAAGCCACUGCUGCUCGUGCCUUGAGGCUGCAAUGAAGACAUCACCCAUUGAUGGCCAGUGAUGAAACAGGCCACAUGCUGACAAGUACCGAGGGCAACAACAAUAACAAGAGUGACACAGACGGUCGUGGCAGCAGCUUGUUUAGUGUUCCCAGCAAUCAACCACAACCGCACGCUGAGAGGAUCUCCUCCGCAAUCAGGCACCCUUCUCGGCAUUGUUACCCAAGGACGCUGGCUCGGAGAUGGGCUGCUCCUCUGGCCGUCAGCCCCCUGCCGCGGUCCUUCACCAAGACUUGGACUGCGGGAGCGGUGACGGCAACAGCCUACCACAAGACUCGGAGAACCAGGGUUUAAAUGACUCCGGAGGUGCCGAGGGAAGAGACCAAGCCAAACCACCGGCGUCUCUGCCCACACUGGAGCGGCUGGCUCAGGCUACAGGCGGCACAGAAAAGUCCUGGUACCGCUGCGUGUUCCCCUUCGGGGUCAUCUCACUGGUCAUUGGGAUGGCGGGCACGGGGGUGACGUUCACCUUCAACACUCUGCUCCAGACCAAAGUGGUGUCGGUGGCGCUGCUUUGUGUCGGUGUUUUGAUGCUGCUGGUGGCUGCAGUUUGCUGGAGGGCGCACAGACUGAGGAGGAGAAAGAAGAAGGAGGGGGGCUUCUUCACUGCUGAUCUGGGCACUUUGUGAUGGUGGGAAGUGGGGGGGGACAGAGCACUUCGAGGUGGACUGUCAAUGACCAGGACAGAAGACAUGAUGUCAUUAGAAGUUCACACUGUAGUAUCAUCACCACUCAUCCUGGAUACUUCAACAGUGUAUAACUGUAGCCCCUUUCACACUACCUGUAAAAGCUGGCCUAUCUUCUCCUUUUUUCCAUGUCAGUGUCUGUAUAAACGACACUGAUCAGGAAGGGAGGUGGCCCAAGUCAGUUGACAGCAGUUGUCACCUUCUGGGGUAGUACCAGAGCUUUAACAUACAUGUAGGUGCCUCCUGUGUGCAAGGGCAAUGCCGGAACCAGAAUGUGAAGUGUAACACUGCCCUGUUGUUGUUUGACAAAUAUUUUAUCUGUCAUUCCAGCAGCUAAUUAUAUAUGUAGCUGUAUGAAAGCACACACAGUCGCUGAAAUUUCCUAUUUGGCUGCGGUCUGUCCCAAAUGCAACCAAAUCAGUUACAGCUUCUGUUUUGCUGGUUCCCGUACAAAACAUUCAGGCGAAUAUGUGACAGGUUUUCCAUUUUGCUGGCUUCUGUCUGAAAGGUACGGCCGAAUGAAUUCCAGGUUUUCUUUCGCUAGGUUCUAUAUGAAAGACACAGGUGGAUAAAUGCCGGAAAUUCCUCUUUGCUGAGUUCUGUAUAAAAAGGUACAGAUGAAUAAAUGACAAAUCUUCAAUUUGCCGUGUUCUGUCAAAAAGGUACAGACAGAUAAAUGCCAGGUCCACCGCUUCGCAAUGUUCUAUAUGAAAGGCAAAAGUGGAUAAAUGCCGGAUCUUCUGUUUUGCUGGGUUCUAGGGUAUACAUAAAAGGAUGGAUAAAUUCCGGAUCUUCAAUUUUGCUGUGUUCUGUAUAAAAGGAGCAGACAGAUAAACGCCAGGUCCUCUGUUUCGCUGGGUUCUGCGUGACAUGGCAAUUUAAUGGUCUCAUAUUAUCAGGCAAAUGCAGUUGAGAUUUUCACCUCAAUAGUUAUUAUUGUUAUUAUAGUUAUUAUUAUUAUUAUUAUUAUUAUUAUUAGGGCCUGAGCACCAAGCAAGAGCGGUGCAAAGGUCCUCUUGAAACUGCUGUUUAUUGCUUUUAUUCCACAACUUACCUCUCAUUUUUGAGGGCCUUAACAUGGAUGAAAACUCACCAAAAAUUUGCAAGCGCGUCAGGUUUGGGAAAAAAAAAAUUGAUUUCAAUGGUCCUGAACCUCCAAAACUCACUCAGUAGCGCCCCUCCCACCAGUUUCACAGAACAUCACGAAAUUUGGUGGUGACGUUAAUCAUAACAGGAGGCACAAAAAAGUUCCUAAACAAACAGGAUUUCAGCCAUUUUGAUGUCCGGCAGUCAUUUUGGCUCUAAAUCAAGGCUUGUAGUUCAACGAACUAGUCCUAGUUCACUUUGACCAAAUGAACCCAAAUAAAAAUCACGGACACUAGACAGACGGACGAUGUUAUAUUUUGAAGGAUUUUAGGUUCCAUAAGAAGUGGGCGGAGGCAUGGCAACGAACUUUGAUGGUCAAUCAGGCAAUUCGCCACGAAACUGUCAACGUUAACAACUCAGUUCCACAAGGUCAGAUCUUCAUUAGAGUUGGUACAUAUGAUGAAGACCACACCUUGAAGCUAUACAUAGGUCACUUCCUGACUUCGUCUCAGCACCACCCUGUGCCAACAAGAAGUGGAAUGCGCAAGCCCUCCGACUCAUGUGAACCCUCAGUUGCUGGGGGUGUGAGGGCCCGUUCAAUGCUGCUCGCAGCUUUAAUUAUUAUUUGUAUUGUUAUUGUUAUAUAUACUGAGAACUUGACACAGCAAAAUUGAUAUAUAAUUGUGUAGCAGGGGGAAUAAACCAUAACACGCUAAAUAACACUUGUAUUUCAGGGUCAUACUGUACGUCAACAUAUCUGAUUAAUGGCAUUGGUGCUAGUCAGCACCCCUAACUGACAUCCUGUAGUUCCAUGUUUGGCUAACUAGAAACACUUUAAUUGAAAACUAGUGAUCAUCGCACCCUUGAGCAAAGGGUGCGAUGAUCGUAUGAAAAUUUGGAAUUUUACACUCAAUAUUAUUCAUCCAUGUUGCAAUGGUCAAAGUGGCCUCAGCUGUAACUGUAUUUUCUCGAAUUGUGUUUUUUUUCCCUGAACUGCAGUGCCUGGUUCUUACAAGAAGUCAGGUUUGAGGAAAUACAGUAUUAUAGUAAAGCACCUCAUAGGGAUACUUAUCAUUAGUUCCAAAAAGUACACGUACAGUAUAUUCCCAAGUGGAUGGAGCCACAAGACAUUGAUACUGAACUGUACCGAUUAGUGGAAAUUGGUUUGUUCUCACUAAAUUAAAUCUCUCUAGCUGGUAGAUAACAGAAAAAUCGGUAACAAUUGUUUAAAAAAAAACAAAACUAUCCUUUCGUGGACACCCUCUAAAUGCAUCAUACUCCAAAAGGUCAACACUUUGCCUUCUUGUCGCCAAGCUUUGUUGGGGAUAACCAUGAUCCAGCUGUGUAGAAUCAAUAGAAAAUCACCAUUCUGUGAAAUAUUAAGCCUCAGGAGGGACCUUAUUCACUUCCUGCAAAUGAAAUUGCUUUGCCUGCUGUUGGCCCUCUUGACGUUGACCCUUUCAUUGUAUGACAAGCAAAUCCCAUUCUGGACGCGCCUCAGUGAACACAAAGCAACAAAGGAGGGGGAAAGUCGAUGACAGAGCUUCAUCUUUCACGACAAUUCUCUUGAUCCUUGCUAAAUCCAACACGCAACUCCCAUUGGCAUUUAGAUUUCAGCAUGGAAGGAAAAUCCAUUCAACCUUCCCCCAAAGAAGAAAGGACUCACACUUCUGUUUGUUUGGAUGACACAUGGCUAACUUCUUACAUUAUGGAUGUGGUGCCAUUUGUGAAAAAUGCAUUAGUCCUGGCUAGUGUCCUUUCUUGAAUACUGUACAGUGGAAUUUCUACAGCCAAGAAGAUGUGCUAGUGGAGCCAACAUGUAGCAUGUAGGUUAGCCAGUGUUAUACGACUAAUAAUGAUGUAAUAAUGGCUUUUGGCAGCAGGCAAGACCCAGCAGCUUUUAGUCGGCUGUAGCAACGUAUUUGAUCGUUAAUCGCUUUGAUUUAAAUGUUAGCUGGGCGUCACGUGUGGUCCGUUUUUUUUGUUGUUGUUGUUUUUUCUGCAUGAGUAAAAUCUCUUGUUCUAAUGUGGAGCAGCAUCUCUGUGUAUUUGCAUUGUAUGGAUUAACACCACACUUUGAAACCACAAGUUGCCAUGGUAAUUCUCCACUUAAUUUGCUGAAGAUGAAUGAAAAUAAAAAUCUGAGUUGUUGUAUUUUUCUGUGAAUAAAGUU